AUGGGAAAGGUUAAGAAAUCACGCAAACGCAGAAAAAAGAGCAUUAUACGGUCAGAAUCACCGGAGGACCGUAUACUCUAUAAUGUUGAAGCCAUCUUGGAAGCACAGCCAAUGAGCGGAAUGAACGGGAAGCGAUUUUGGUAUUUGAUCAAGUGGUACGGGUAUCCUGGUGAAGACACGUGGGAACCACUCGAGAGCUUUGAAGAAGGAUGCGAGAGGCUUUUGAUGAGCUUUUGGAGGGAGGUUGGAACGUUUAAUCCAAACCACAAAAACCUCAAGUUGAAGCCUUCCAAAGAGUGGAUUGAUUCUGAGAUCUGGUACUUCCGAAAGAAGUAUGUCGAGCCUGAGCAAGGAACUUGGCAUAGCCAACCAGUGACUGGGUACAUUGAAGAGACUGGAGAGAAGAACAUUUAUGAUUAA